GGGAAGGUGGCCUCGGAGCGGCAGAGGCUGCGGGACACCUUCAAGGAGCUGCAGCAGUUCCUGCGGGAGCAGGAGGGCGUCCUGCUGGCCCAGCUCGACCAGGCGCACGGGGAGCUCACCAAGGAGCGCCGCAAAUACGUCUCCAGCGUUUCAGAGAGGAAAUCGCUGCUGGACACGCUGAUUGCGGAGAUAGAGAAGAAACGUGACCAGCCGGUGGUCGAAUUCCUUACGGAUGUUGGCAAAACCCUGAGCAGGUACGAAACGGGCUCAGCGUCGCUCUCCUCCCGCACAGCUCUUCUGGGCAGAGAUUUGGAAAUGCUGCAGGCGGCCGAACAGCAGCCGCUGGGCGGGAGGAGGGUUUGCCCUGCUUGCUGUGAGGUGGCGAAGGCCCCGAUCCCGGAGCCGGUUUCCCCGGAGCUGCGGAGGACCGUUAACAGCCUCUCCGAGAUGAGCCAGCUGGUCGUGGGUGCGGUGGCCAGAUUCAAAGGUAAAGCAAAGAAGCGGUGA